CACGUGACUGCGGAAGUACCGCCCCCUCAGACCCCGCCUUCAAGAUGGCGGCGUCCAGUGCCCGAGGCCGCGACAUGCUUCGGCUCCAUAGCGGGUUCUAGCGCGGGCGGUGCCUUCGGGCCAUGGACCGGCCCGGGUUCACGGCCUCGCUGGUGGCUGGUGGGGUAGCAGGUGUCUCUGUUGAUUUGAUAUUAUUUCCUCUGGAUACCAUUAAAACGCGGCUGCAGAGUCCCCAAGGAUUUAAUAAGGCUGGUGGUUUUCGUGGAAUAUAUGCUGGCGUUCCUUCUACUGCUAUUGGAUCCUUUCCUAAUGCUGCUGCCUUUUUUAUCACCUAUGAUUAUGUGAAAUGGCUUUUGCACACGGAUUCGUCCUCGCAUUUGACGCCUGUGAAGCACAUGUUGGCUGCCUCUGCUGGAGAAGUGGUGGCCUGCCUUAUUCGAGUUCCUUCUGAAGUAGUUAAGCAGAGGGCACAGGUUUCUGCUUCUUCAAGAACUUUUCAGAUUUUCUCUAACAUCUUAUAUCAAGAGGGCAUCCCAGGAUUGUAUCGAGGCUACAAAAGCACAGUUUUAAGAGAGAUUCCCUUCUCAUUGGUCCAGUUUCCUUUGUGGGAAUCCUUAAAAGCCCUCUGGUCCUGGAGGCAGGACCGUGUGGUGGAAUCUUGGCAGUCAGCAGUCUGUGGAGCUUUUGCAGGUGGAUUUGCAGCUGUGGUCACCACGCCCCUGGAUGUGGCAAAGACAAGAAUCAUGUUGGCGAAGGCCGGGUCCAGCGCAGCCGGCGGGAACGUCCUCUCUGCCCUGCACGGGGUCUGGCGCGCCCAGGGGCUGCCAGGAUUAUUUGCAGGGGUCUUCCCGCGAAUGGCAGCCAUCAGCCUGGGAGGCUUCAUCUUUCUUGGCGCUUAUGACCAAACGCAUAGCUUGCUGUUAGAGCUCGGCAGAGAGAGCCCGUGAACUGCAUGCUACAGCCAUGCCUACAGGGGGCCACUGUGAGCGCUCCCUCCUGCAGCCACACCUCCAGGGGGCCGAGGUGAGAGGUCCCCCUCCCACAGCCGCUGGGCCCUCUGAACACGCAGGCAGUGAGGCCGUCUCCACAGGCCUACACGGAGCACGACUUCCAGGCCACAGGCAGCUGGGAUGACGUCAUCUACGUAUUUGCCCGAAAGUUAAAGAGAGAAAAUGAUGCCGAGAGCAGUUCUGUUAACGGUUUUCCUAGGACCCUUAAUAAAUAAGUCUGGUGAUCUGAGGCCGGCCC